AUGUACAAUGGGAUUGGAUUAACAACUCCUAGGGGCAGUGGCACAAAUGGCUUUGUGCAGCGAAAUUUGUCGUCCGUAAAGCGUCAGAAAGAUCGUGUUGAUUAUCGAACAGAAGAGGAUGUUGCACGAUUGGAGAAGCAGCUUAACAGGCAGCCCAAUGCAGACAUCCUGUACCAUGACCGCAAGCGACGAGUUGAACUCAAGUGCAUGGAGAUGCAGGAGCUGAUGGAGGAGCAAGGAUAUUCAGCAGAGGAGAUCACACAAAAAGUGUCAAUGUUCCGAAAGAUGCUGAUGGACAAGGAAGGUGUGACAGAAUCCUCAAUGGAGAAGGAUGAACACGGAAGGCCACUAGCAAAAGAAACUCACCAGCUAGCAGAAGCCAACCAAGAGAAAAACCAGCGGUUGCGUGAAGCCUUUGGUUUGAAUGAUUAUGUGGAUGGCAGUUCCUUUGACCCAAACCGUAAAGCCAAGGAAGAAGCAGCUAAAGCCACCGCCAUGGCAACCAAGAAAUACAGCAUUGUACAGAGUUCAGGAUCUGAAGAGGAAGGGGAUGAAGAGCCAAAGAAGAAAAAAAAGAGAUCGCGCGAUGAAAGUGCAUCACCUGAUAGACGAAAGAAACGGAAAAAAAGCAAAAAGCACAGACACAAUCGGUCCGAGCUGAGAAAGCACAAGAGAAGUAAAAAGAAACCAAAGAAGAGAAGAGAUGAAAAACCUAAGAAAAGGUCGCAUGACUCCUCUAGUUCUGAUGAUGAUUCAGACAGCCAGUCAGAAAGUGACAGUGGGUCAGAAAAGGAAGAGGAUCAAGGCAAAAUUCCUGAGGUAACCUCAUCAGCUAGCAGAGGUCGAGCUGCUGCUCGCUCUUUGACGCCUGCCAACAAGCGGCAUGACAGUUCUUCUGACAGUGAUACUGUAAAAACAAGGAAUGGCAACGAGAAAACAAGCACAAGGAAAAAUGGGCAUCUAUCUCCUCGUCAGAAAAAGAGGGAUCAUAGUCGCAGUCUAAGCUAUUCACCAGCAUGCAAGCAGCCACCUUCCAGUGAAUCUUAUAAUUAUACCAACGGACGGAGCAAAACAUCAGAUAAAAAGCAAAAUGCAAAAGCACGUUCGCGGACCAGGUCCAACUCCCCUUCACAGAGCAAAAUCAGCUCGCAGACCUCAAAGAAUUCAACAGGAGCUGAUGGAAAAGCUCAAAGACAAAGGUCUCCAAAACGCUCCAGGACAAAGUCGCGGUCACACUCUAGAGAAAGGUCACGAAAGUCAGAGAGUAUUGAGAAAAGAAGAGCCCGCUCCAGGUCUUGCUCUCGAAGCAGAAGUUACAGUCGCAGCUUCAGUCGAAGCCGCAGUCGAAAUCGAACACCUCACAGGGUCACACGAAGUCCUUCCAUCAGACGUCGGCAUGGCUCUCCUAGCCAUCUAGACAAGCGCCGCAUCACCAGUGCUCGCAAACGGCCUGUACCUUACUACCGCCCCUCACCACCUCCAUCCAGCUCCAGCAGCAGCUACUACUCUUCUCGCUCACGCUCCCGAUCAGGGUCAAGGUCACGAUUUCGCAGCCUCAGCCGCAGCCCCAGUCUCAGUUUCCGAAGGCGACGUUACAGCCCAAACAUCCUCAGUGCAUUAGCAUAGAAAACAGCAUUAACUGUCAGGGUCUGGAAAUAAUGAUACAGAGUGCUGAACUCUUUGAGUAGCCUAUGGAACCAAUUCAUGGGUGAAGACAAGGUGCAGUGGAAAUGGUAGAUAAAUUGCACUUAAUUAAACUUGAAUGUAGAACAUUCAGUUUGCAGCAUUUUUUGGUCAUUUCAUAUCACCCAUCUUGCUUUUUUCACUAAGAUAAAGAACUAUUCUGUGAGAACAUCAGUACCAAAAAAAAAAAAGCCAUAUCCAGUGCUUUGCUUUUAUCAAUAAUUUGUUAGUUUUAUCUGUUUGCAUUAGGGUUAACAUUUUGACAAAUGUAUGUUUUGUAAUAAACCAUCAUAGGAGUGCUUUAUACGGAUCAUCAAGAUCUUCAUCUUUCAUUAAUAUCCAUAGUUUCUAUGUACAGAUCUACUCGGAAACAGGAACAACCCACCUCAUUCAUCAUAGUCUCUAACCCUAACAGCACCUCUUAUAAUGCAUGUUGUACAAUUUCGCUAACUUGAACUUUGAACAUAUUGUGUAACAUUUGUUUUUAGAACCAUAAUAGAUUGAUCUAGGUUCAGCAGGAGUCAUAGGUGAUAAAGUCUGAUGAAUGUUAAUAUAGAGAUCAGUUGUGUGUAAUAGUUAUCUCUCACUCAUACAAGUAUUUUCUGGAAAUUGGAGUCUUGCGUCCACGCACGCAUACAGAGGGAGAAAAAAAAUGAUAAGAGAAUGAUAUAUGGAGAAAAUGCCUUUUGUUGUGCUUUAACCUGUAGAAUAACUGGUCAUACAACAAAAUUCUUAGAAAAGACGAUUGCUAAGGAAUAGUUUCUAGUGGCCAUAUUUUAUGACUUUAUAGAAAUGGUUUAAAUUUACAUCAGUAUCUGGAAAUGCUACCAUUGUCACUAUUAUUGAAUACCAGUUUCUUAAACCCUUGCAAAGCUUGUAAUAACUGCUUGCAUUUAGGCAUCUUCUGUAUUUCUGAAGAAUUUAGAAUGUGGCUGUCCUUUUAACAAAGUUUGUGUGAGCAGCAUUUGCAUGUCAAAUCUAAAAUUUUGGGUGUGAAUAAAGCAGAUGGGGAGACUUUAUCUUAUCAAUGAAGAAAGUACUCAGUUUGGGCGGCUGGGUCUAGCUAAGCAAGAGUGUUUUAGCAAGUAUGUAUCUGUGUUGCAUUUUAAAAGCAUUAAUAAAAGACUUGCAGCAUAGAGAAAAUGAAUGGAUUUGCACUUGUUGUUGCAAAGUACCAAUGUACAUACUCAGCAAACAUAAUAUGUCCCUGUUGGUAUUGGUACACCACCUUGACUGGCAACAUUUAUCUCUCAGUUUCAUCAUUUCAUUUGUUGGUGUAGGGGUGGGGGGAAUAUCUUUGCUUUUUAAAGAACUUUAUACAUUUACAUACCCUUGCUUCAUUAGUUGAUGUGAAUGUUCUAAUGAAAAAAUAAAGUUGUUUCCUUGUUAAACAGUUCAAACAUCUUGGCUUAUUUUUGUUGGGACUCGGGCAACAAAGACUCUUUUCAGCUUAUGCAUUAUACAUAAUGGAUGCACAUCACUUGAAAAUAUGACAUUUACUGUUCUAAGUAUCCAUAAUAGUCAAUGUGACAGUUUCAACAUGGGAUUAAUUAUUUUAUUAGUAACAGCAGCCUCCGAAACACACAUGAUAAAUUUGGAUAUAGAUUUGCAAGUAUCUCUAAAGUUCAGUAUUUUCACUCAGUUAUUUGGACCAGUAGGUGAGAUACCUUGAAAACUCCCCACUCCAUUCUUCUGUCAAAAUACAGGAACAUAUGAUUUGUCAUUUACUUAAAUAUCAUAUAAUCUGAAAGAUUUAAAAUAUAAUCUGAAAGAUUUAUAUGAUAAAGGGCAGUCUUUCAGUCACAACAUAAAGUCAGUGAUUGUCCUGUUAACAUAGAGUUUCCAAAAUGUCAUAUACUGUGAUCACAAAUGUGUUGAUGCCUAUUUUUUUCCCUUUCUUAUAUUAACAACUCAGUUCCAACUUUCUGUUAUUGGGUAAAGCUCUUUGUAUUUCUUUGUAUUAUAUGGUGUAUUCAGUGGCGAAAUUUGAAAUGUUCAAAAUAAAAUUAUGAAGAAACAA